GAAAAGAGCGUAAAGAAAAGGAGUAUAAAGAAAAAGAGUGCAGAGAACAAGAGGAGAAAAAUGUAUUAAAAGAAUUGCAUAAAACUGACGAAAGAAACAAAAGAAGAAAAACAUAUCAAAAAGAGUAUAUAGAACUUGAAGAAAGUGAGUAUAAAGAAUGUGAAAAAAAGAAGCGUAAAGAAUGUGGAGAAAGAGACAGAUAUAAAGAAUAUGAAGAAAGGGAACAAAAAGAAGAAGAAAAAGAAAGAUUAGAAGGGAAGAACGGGAAUUUUAUUUCAACAACAAAAAGCAAUAAUGAUAUAAAAAUAAUGUAUCCUAUUCGAGUUGGUAUGAAAACACAAGUAGAAAUAAAUAAAAAAAAAUUUAUUACACACAUUUUAGAAGAAAACAAGUUUUAUAAAAAUCAACCUGGUUAUUUUUGCCAUUGUGAUUCUGGUUCUAGUGAAAUUGAGGAUAAUCCAACAAAUGUGAUUACCUCUUUAUAUAGACAAAUUUUUAAAACUCAAACAAAAAUUUUAGGUUCAAUAAUUAUGGGCUUUGAUAAAGAAUCAAUAUUUGCUAGAUUAUUACACAAUAUAGAAUUUUGUCCUUAUUCAAUUAGUAUAGCUGAUAAACUAUCUGUUAUGGUCUUUAGUUUAGGUAUUUCUAAGAAAGAAGGUUGA